UUUUACACUUAACAUUUAAAAAAUUAAUUUAAUAUUAAACAAAAUUAAUUAAAACCUCAUAAAACAAAAUACUAACCCUAAUUUUUUUUUUUACAGCCUCUCUUUCUUUUUGUUCUUCUUCUCCUCUUCUCCUCACCCAAGUCACUCAUUCUUCUUCCUAAUAAGACUAAAAAGACCAUGAAUACUCACAAGUGAACCAUUCUUCUUCUUCUUCUUCUCUUCCUCUUCUCAUCCUUUUUCUUCUUCUUGUGGCAAGUGGUGGCAGCCAUAGACAAAAGAAUUUAAAAUUCAUUCUAACAAAGAAUUAUAAUGGAAUCAACAAGUGAUGCAUCAACCACAAUACCCACACCACCCAAUGAACAUGAACAGAUGCCCAAAACUAUAUUAACAACAGAGCUUCCAUGUAUACCUCGUGCCAUUACUACUAAUACAGCUGCAAAAUCUAAAGUUACCAUCAAAUCCCCGCUAAGUGUAAUAGGCCAAAUAAAGAAUUGGCUCACAAAGUCUGACCAGGAUGUUUUUAAACAUUACUCCCAAUUGGGUCGUCUCUUGGACCUCGAUACUAAAGGGCUUUUUCCUGGCACCUUAGUAAACCAGAUAGUUUUGAGGAGGGUAGAUUGCCAAAAGAGGCAUGAGUUAUGGUUUUUGAUUAAUGGAAAACCUGUGAGAUUUUCUCUCCAAGAGUUUGCAAUUGUAUCUGGAUUGUACACUGAUGGUGGCCCGACACCUGAAGAAAUGGAGCUUGUUUCUUCUAAGAACAAGUUAAAAGAAAAGUACUUCAAGAACAUGAUGUCUAUUAAAGUAACAGAUGUUGCCAAUGCUCUAGAUAGCAUAUCUAGAGAAUCAAAGACUAGAGACAGAGUGAAGUUAUGCUUUAUCUAUUUGCUCAGUGCAUUUCUAAUAAUGCCAAGUCCUUCUUCGGCUAUAGAUCUUGAAUGGCUACAACUAGUGGAUAAUCUACCAAUAUUUGACAAUUAUUGUUGGGGAAAGCUGGCAUAUGAGAAAAUAAUUGAGCAAAUUACAAAAAAAGAUAUGAAGAAUAAUCCAAGUGAGAAGGAUAUUAAGUGGAACCUCUUUAGUUGUCCUUGGAUAUUUCUGAUAUGGAUUUGCGAAGCAAUGCCAAAGUUGGGUGAAAUGGUAGGACAAAGAGUCCCGGGAAAUCAUAUUCCCCGAUGGCUUGGUUGGAAAAUCAAUGAUAAACAUAAAAAUGUCACAGUUACAAGAUUAUCAGAAGUAAUAGAAAAUAAUACUGAGUUUUUUGUACGACCUACAUUAGCUCCAACCUCAAAGGAGAAGGCAGAAUUGUUUUACGAAAGACUUGUUUUAUCAUCAUAA